ACACACACACACACACACACACACACACACACACACACACACACACACACACACACACACACACACACACACACACACACACACAUAGGUUUCUCACAAAAGUCUCUGUUCUGGUAAAACAGCAGCAGAGGGUGUAGUCACUAGUUUGAAGCCAACAGAAGAGUUGGAUCUGAGAUCAUUCUUUGUCUUCUCCUCCAACUAACCAGAGUUUCACUGAGGACUGGAGCUGAUGAACUACAGAACACAGCUUUUUUACGAACAUCCACCAAGAAGAGAAGAAAAACAUUCACUAUAAAGGGAACAGGGUGCCAUUUGGGAAGAAACCCACAUCUCCUACAACACAAUCCUACUUCUUAAAGGCAAGAGAGAGAAGCAUUCAACUUCACCUGGACUUCUGUGAGGCGGAGAAGAGAGCUGAAGGACCUUUCGUGGGAUAAACUUAAUUCCUCAAAUGUGAGAUAGAAAAACCAGCAUGGAAGACGAACGUGUUCCUUUACUAAAGGAGGCAGAGACAUCAGGCUUUGGUUCUGUAGAUGGAUUCUGCCUCCGUGAAAGAUCCACACCCAUAGGUGUUUCAUCACCCUACCCUGUUGAGAAUGACAGCCCUGCAGUUUGUAUUUCCACCGAUUCAGAGCAGCCAGCUGAUCUGAGGAUAGUUUUGGUGGGGAAGACUGGAGCAGGGAAGAGCGCAACAGGAAACACCAUCCUGUGGAAAGAUGCCUUUACAGAAGAGGCCUCUCUUGUGUCUGUAACUGCACAGUGUGAGACACAGAGAGGAGUGGUCAAUGGGAGUAAGAUUGAUGUCAUCGACACCCCGGGACUCUUUGACACAGCCUUGUCUCAAGAAGAGAUGAAAAGUGAAAUAGUCAGGUGUAUAGAAAUGUCAGUCCCAGGACCUCACGCCUUCCUGCUGGUGAUCAGACUGGGGAGGUUCACAGAGGAGGAGAGGAACACUGUGAAGUGGAUCCAGGAGAACUUUGGAGAAGAAGCCUCAAAGUACACCAUCAUUCUGUUCACCGGUAAAGAUCAAUUGAAGGGGAAAACAGUUGAGGAAUGUCUGAAUCCUUGUGUUUCAAUUCAGGAACUGAUCAACAGUUGUUGGGGAAGAUACCAUUGUCUCAAUAAUGGUCAGAGGGAUGACCCUCUUCAGGUCAAUGAGCUGCUGAAGAAGAUAGAAGAGAUGGUGAAGAUGAAUGGAGGAGAGCACUACACCAACCAGAUGUACCAGGAGGCCCAGAGGAAGAUCGAAGAGGAGGAAGAGAGGAAGAGACAGGAGAUGGAGGAAGAGAGGAGGAGAAGAGAGGAUGAGAUACGGGAGCAAGAAAGAAGGAGACGGGAAAGAGCAACAAGAGCAAAUAUUGCGAUAGGUUUAACUUCAGCAGCAGCUGUUGGGGCAGCAGUAGCUGGGACUACAGUACUUACUGUAGUCCCAGCAGUGGCUGUGAUAGCAGCACCAAUUCUGUUGGUUGGGGCAGCUGGUUUUGGUGGAGCAGCUCUUGUCAUUUGGAUAAAGAAGAUAAGACUGUAAAAAAAGACGGAAAUGAGCUGUAAUACUUUCAAUAUUAAUGUUAAACAUGGUCCUUGAUGAAUUUAUAAACACAUUAGGUGAUAAAUAAUAACAUGUAUACUUGUAGGUGAUUAUGAAUAAAACAAUCAGAUCAACCUUUUUGAGGUCAUUUAAUUCAUCUAUAUGUGAUUCAAAACGGUUAAAGAGGUGAACUUCUAAUGUAAAUGGAUAUAUGGACAUUUUGUUAGACAAUUGUGUUUUUAAUCAUCUAUGAUUUUUUUAUAUACAUAUAUUCUACUCGGCUAAGGAAACAUUAAAUGUAUUUUACAUUUGUCAAAUAAAAUCAAUUAAUUAAUUAAAUCUUCAUGACUUGAAACUGUAACUAUGUAAUAAUACCAAUAUGGCACCUUUUGAGAAGUGCAACUUGGUAAAAAGAAAACUACUUAAGAGAGAAUAUAGUAGACGGCACGCGUCAAAAUGAUUGAUUGAUGACCGUACGUCAUGAUGACGUGUACAUGUCUGAAUAUGGGCCUCCGGCCCGUCCCCCCUGUUCAUGUGGUCCCGUGUUAGAGGGUGUGUGUU